GCAGGCAGGCAGACAGGCAGGGAGGCCGGCGGCGGAGGGAUCUCGGAGAACGGUGCUGCGGCCGGGCCGGGUGAAUGGGAUUGAAGAAGAGUUCAGCUUCUCGGCUUGUUUUUGUGUCACAGUUUCUCUCCUCCUGCGCCUCUCCAGCUUCGUGCCUCCCUCCCCGCCCGUCCCCUCCUCUCCGCCGCAGGAGGAGCCCCCCGCGGAGAGGGGGAAGGAAAAGGACCCCACAGAGGCGAGAGCGAGCGAAGAGGAGGAGGAGAAGGGACCAACCUACCAUCUUCCACUCCUCGCUUAGCUUAAAGAAAGUGAGAGGAGGAGAGAGAGAGAGGCGCCCAGAAGAGGGGGACAGGGAGGCCCGAAGGAGCGGCGGCGCCGGCACCUUCCCCUUAUGAAGAAGAGUCCUCCCCCUCACAGAGAGGUCCUGCCAGGGGGACCCCGGCCGGCCCGCAGCAGCACCGCCGCCAGCAGGUGCUCAUUUCUAACAAUGAAGACACCUGCUUAGUUUCAGUUCUAUUAGUGACUACCAUCAGUACUCCCACACUGACUGUGACUACCCCAGCUACAAAUACCAUUCUCCAGAUGCUACAGUUCCCAUUUGUGUGGUUUUGAGGAGAAAGAAGAAAAAAAAAAAAGGCUUUUAAGGGGGAGCAGCGAGAGUGCCAGCUGACUGGACUGUAGGGGAAGGAAGAUCAGAGCACAUCAGUGAAAUAAUUUUGGAGUGCUUCCUGUUGACUUGUUAAUACUGCAUGGAAUUUGGCCCAGACAAUCUGCUGUUGUGAUUCAGCAUAGUUUAUUCACUUGAGUAUAGGUGUGCCUGUUGUUAUUUGAGAAUCUGCUCUACUUGAAAGGUAACAGGAGUGGGUAAAGAGCUGAAGGGAGUAACUUUGUCAAGACUGUACUGGUAAUAAAGAGGAAACCAGAAACUAAAGGCACUGGAAUCAGCAAAGACACUUCUAGAGAAAGUGGAGAAGGUAGAGAAUGGAGCUGCAGACUCUACAGGAGGCUCUGAAAGUGGAAAUUCAGGUUCACCAGAAAUUGGUUGCCCAAAUGAAGCAAGAUCCACAGAACGCUGAUUUGAAGAAACAGCUUCAUGAACUUCAAGCCAAAAUUACAGCUCUGAGUGAGAAACAGAAAAGAGUGGUGGAACAGCUUCGAAAGAAUUUGAUAGUGAAGCAGGAGCAGCCAGACAGCAAGUUCCAAAUACAGCCAUUGGCACAGUCAGAAAACAAGCUACAGACAGCACAGCCACAACCACUACAACAACUACAGCAACAUCACCAUCAACAGCAGCAGCAGUCUACUGCACCCUCUCCAAACGUGAUUGGAUCACAGAAAACUGUAACCACAGCUUCUAUGAUCACCACUAAGACACUACCUCUCGUCUUGAAAGCAGCAACUGCGACCAUGCCCGCCUCUGUGGUGGGUCAGAGACCCACCAUUGCCAUGGUUACUGCUAUCAACAACAAUCAGAAAGCAGUCCUCAGCACUGAUGCACAGAAUGCGCCAGUUAACCUCCAGACAACAAAUAAGGUCACUGGGACAGGAGCUGAGGCGGUCCAAAUAGUGGCAAAAAAUACAGUAACAUUGCAGGUUCAGGCUACACCUCAGCCCAUAAAAGUGCCGCAGUUCAUCCCUCCUCCCAGACUUACUCCUCGUCCAAAUUUUCUUCCACAGGUUCGACCUAAACCAGUUGCCCAAAAUAACAUUCCUAUUGCCCCAGCACCUCCUCCAAUGCUUGCAGCUCCUCAACUUAUUCAGAGGCCUGUGAUGUUGACAACUAAGUUCACACCCACCUCUUUACCCAACUCUCAGAACUCCAUCCAUCCAGUUCGUGUCGUUAAUGGGCAGACUGCAACCAUAGCCAAAACUUUCCCUAUGGCACAGCUCACCAGCAUCGUGAUAGCAGCACCAGGUACCAGGCUUGCUGGACCUCAGACUGUACAGAUCAGCAAACCAAAUAUUGAAAAACAGACUAUUAAACCACAUGUGGAAACAGAAGAGAAGCAAACAGAUAAUCGUACAGUUACUCCACCUGCUGCACCAAAACCAAAACGAGAAGAAAAUCCACAGAAACUAGCCUUCAUGGUGUCUCUGGGACUAGUUACUCAUGACCAUCUGGAAGAAAUCCAAAGCAAGCGACAAGAGAGGAAAAGAAGAACAACAGCAAAUCCAGUGUACAGUGGAGCUGUUUUUGAGCCUGAGCGUAAGAAGAAUGCAGUCACAUACCUGAACAGCACAAUGCAUCCUGGGACACGUAAAAGAGGUCGUCCACCUAAAUACAACACGGUGCUGGGGUUUGGGGCUUUGACCCCCACGUCCCCUCUGUCCAGUUAUCCUGACUCACCUGAAAAUGAAAAGACAGAGACCACAUUUACUUUUCCUGCAGCUGUUCAGCCCGUGUCCCUGCCUAGCCCCAGCUCCACAGACGGAGACAUCCAUGAGGAUUUUUGCAGUGUUUGCAGAAAAAGUGGGCAGUUGCUGAUGUGUGACACAUGUUCACGGGUUUAUCAUCUGGACUGUCUGGACCCACCUCUGAAAACCAUUCCCAAGGGCAUGUGGAUCUGUCCCAAAUGUCAAGACCAGAUGUUAAAGAAGGAAGAAGCAAUCCCAUGGCCAGGAACUUUAGCAAUUGUUCAUUCAUAUAUUGCAUAUAAAGCAGCAAAAGAAGAGGAAAAACAGAAACUACUUAAAUGGAGUUCAGAUUUAAAACAGGAAAGAGAACAACUAGAGCAGAAGGUCAAACAGCUCAGUAAUUCUAUAACAAAAUGCAUGGAAAUGAAGAACACCAUCCUUGCAAAACAGAAGGAGAUGCACAGCUCCUUGGAGAAGGUAAAACAAUUGAUCCGGCUCAUCCAAGGCAUUGACCUUUCAAAACCCAUAAACUCUGACAUCAAUUCAGUAGCCUUCUCCAAUGGCAUGGACUCCACUAACAAUACUAAUGCUGCCACCUCCACCUUAGCCCCCUCCCCUUCCCAGAGCUGCAUGGUGAACUGUAACAAGGGCGAUGAGACUAAAUAACACAGUGAAGUUCAGAAGGGGCCAAGGGAGGUGGCAGCCAGGAGGAAGAGCAAAAACAAAUAAACUCUAGAAAAGCAAAACCGGAUUUCUUCUGGAAAGUGCAGAAUUCUUUAGUUCUUUGGUUCCAGAGAGAGCGUGAAGAUGCUUGUGCCGGGCGGCACCGGAGUUUGCCAAUUGAUCCUUCUUAUUCUGUGUGUACAUGCAAAAGUUUGGAUCAUGUUACAUGAAUAGUGCCAGCUGGGGGUUCUUUGCCAGCACCAUGCCAAGUGAAAUAAUAUAUUUACUCUCUCUAUAUUUUACACCAGUGUGUGCCUGCAGCAGCCUCCACAGCCACUAUAGGUUUGUUUUAUUUUUGUUCGGGAUGAGGAGCAGGGAUGAGGGAGGAGAGCAGGUUUCAAAUCCUUAUUUGCAGAACAGGUUGUUUAGCUAGGGGAAAACAAAAACAAGUCCAAAGAGCCUGUGGGCUUUUCCUGUUUCUAAACUCUCAGUACUAUUAAACCAAAAAAAAAAAACCAGAAAUAUAAAUUAUCAAAUCCCAGUGCCCAGAAGGGACAAGUCUAUCAAAUAAGCAGUAUUUACUAUUGUUUAGACAGGAGAUGUACAAAAGGAAAGGAGAUGGACUUUUCACUGAGUAACCAGCACACGUACAGGCUGAGGAUCUACUGUCCCAAGAGCUUUGGGUUAAUCCUAUUUCUUCACAUUAAAAAACUGACAUGCUUUACGGAAUUGGUUUGGGUCCUCACACUCAUCCAGAAAGCCUAUGUUGGGAAUGGGAAAAUAAAGGGCCAGAAUCCAGGGUCAGCUUGGAGCACUGGACUGAGGUGUCCCAUGAGAAAAUGUGCAUCAAUUACUUGAAAAUGAGAUUCCAACCCUUUUCUAUAUUUAUAAACAACAAAGGUAUCCUGAACAAAGUAGCACAUGACCCAGAUGUGUGAACUGAACAGAGAAAUGUCCUUUUCUUUCACUUCCUUUCUCUUCUUUUGGUAACAAGAACUAAAUAAAGAAUAGAAAAGAUGUUUUUCAGGCUGACAGUCUAAUUAAAGAGGUAGAUGGGACCUUGCAUGGUAUAGAUUAGAAGUAAUAGUGUCAGUGAGAUACAGUGAGUCUUUGUGAGUCCUUGUGUCAUCGUUUUGGGCACUGUUUUUUUAUGCAAGGGCAAAAUCUUUGUAUCUGGGGGAAAAAACAAACAACUUUUUUAAAUUAAAAAGGAAAAUAAAAGAUAUUGAGGUCUUCCUAGUGUUACUUAAAAUAAGAUCAAGGUAAGAAACAUUGUAAAAAAAAUUACAAAAGUGCUAUUUGUUUCCUAAACAAGUGAUUUCUAUUAAAAAGGUGUCAGAACUGGAGAAAA